AGUUUGCCUAGUGGCCAUUUUGUUUUCAAUCGCACGGCUGACUAAGGUGUCCAUCUAUCCAUUCAGCCUGGCGAGAGAGGCACACAAGCGCAACAAUGGAUUCAAAGCGGCAUGAACGCAGUUCCAAGUCCAAUACAGAUUCACCACCAGCUCCACCUUCGCCUCCUAUGUAUAGUGCAAGUUAUACAACAUAUGAUGGGUACAAAAAUAGAAUGUCAUCACGUCGUUCACCUUCACCUUCGGACUAUAGAAGCAGUAGAACAUCCCGAAAUGAUUCGCCACAGGACAGGCGUAGAAGAAGACGCAGUACUUCAAAAUCUCCACCGAGUAGAUCACACAGACGAUCUCGUUCUCCUGAUAGAGACAAAGAUCGAGAUAGAGAUAGAGAUCGAUCACGAAAAUAUUCUAGGAGAGAUAGAUCAAGAUCUAGAUCAAGAGGAAGAUCACGUUCUAGAGAUAGGAGACGUAGUCGUAGUCGUAAUAGAAGUAAAGAUAGACAUAGAGGCAGAGAAAGCCGUAGAUAUCAUAGAGCACCAUCAUAUGAAUCGGAUAUUGCUGAAGAUAAUACAGAAACAACUAUAUCUCAUCCAGUUGUUCCUCCACAAUCUAAUGCUUUUAAAAAUGAUGGUAGCUUUAUGGAAAUGUUUAAAAAAAUGCAGGAACAAAUGCAACCUGCACAAAAACCAAUGACUUCUGUUUUGGAAGAGAAGACUGUUAUUCCUCCACCUUUAAUGGUAGGAAAGAGGCGAGGAGGCAGAAUUUUAAAAACUGGAAUGGUUGCUAAGCCAAAGACUGAACAAACUGUUGAACAACCUAAGGAUGCCUGGUCACUCUAUAUGGCUGAAGUGAAAAAAUACAGAGAAGUUUGUUGUCAGGAAGAAGACAACACAAGACCAUUGGUUAAAUAG